AUGUGCGUACAUGACGCCUCUUGUGCCAACGGCUCGUCCUCAGUGACGACGCCAUACCCGUUACGCGCACCCGUCCCCGUGGGGAAGAGAGCAAACAAGCUCUACAGAGACCGUACGGCCAACUUCUACUCACCAGGACAAUGGGAGAAGGUCAACUUGCUUUCAAUGAUGCACCUUGCAGUGCGCUCCCAGCCGCCGGAUCUCAGGCUUUCGGUCUGGAGUAGCCCCGGACUGAGCCGUCCUGCCUUCUCCGAGGCCACGAUAGAGGCGAAUGGGUUCCGACCGGCCCAGGUCGGCGAGUCCUUCGGUCCGUCUUGGUCGACUCACUGGUUCAAGGUGCAGAUCAGGAUCGCGGAGGAGAUGCGCCAGAUGGAGCACCUCGAGCUACAUUGGGAUUGCAGCAACGAAGCAACGGUCUGGAACGCUCAAGGCGAGCCCCUCCAGGGUCUGACAGGUCGUGGUGAACGGGUCGAGUGGAUUAUUCCAGCGUCUUUCAAAGACGGGGCCGAACACACCAUCUUCAUCGAGAUGGCCUGUAAUGGCAUGUUUGGAAACGCUGCGGGGGACCCCAUCUUCAAGAACAACGCCAACGGGGAUGCCAUCCAGCCGCCGGACCCGGACAAGCACUUUGUCCUCGCAAAGGCCGAGAUCGUCGCGGUGGACCUGCAGGCCCGGAUGCUGCACACGGACAUGCACGUCAUCCACCAGGCGGCGCAGGAGUUCCCCGAGGACUCGUGGGAACAGCACGAGGCGCUGAACAUCGCGACCCGGAUCAUCAACACCUUCAGGGUCGGGGACCGGGAGUCCAUCGUCCGCAGCCGGAAGAUUGCCGAGGAGUACCUGGGCCCAGACGUUAACUCGGAAGCCGUGUUCCGUGUCAACGGCGAAAAGGACGCCAGCGUGUUUGCCAUCGGGCAUUGCCAUAUUGACACUUGCUGGCUGUGGCCCUGGGAGGAGACGAAACGCAAGGUGGUGCGCUCGUGGUCGAACCAGUGUGACUUGAUGGACAGAUACCCGGAGCUCAACUUUGCCUGCUCACAGGCUCAGCAGUUCAAAUGGCUCAAAGAGGGCUACCCCUUCGCUUGGGAAAGGGUCAAGGCCAAGGUCAAGGCCGGUCAGUUCCAUCCCAUUGGCGGCUGCUGGAUAGAGCACGACACCAACAUGCCCAGCGGCGAGUCCCUCAUCCGCCAAUUCCUCUUCGGUCAGCGGUUCUUCGAGAGUAACUUUGGGCGUCGUUCUACCACGUGCUGGCUGCCGGAUACCUUUGGCCAGUCGAGCCAGAUCCCGCAGCUCUGCCGCCAAGCCGGAAUGAACAGGUUUCUCACUCAAAAGAUUUGCUUCAACAACAUGAACGAGUUUCCUCACACAACGUUCAACUGGGUUGCUCUCGACGGGAGCCAAGUAAUCUGUCACAUGCCGCCCGCAAAGACAUAUUGCGCAGAUGCUACUUUCGGAGACGUGAAGCGCAGUAUGACGCAGCACAGAUCGCUCGACCAAGAUCACACAUCUCUCCUCGUGUUCGGCAAGGGAGACGGCGGCGGCGGCCCUACCUGGCAACAGAUCGAGAGGCUGCGUCGGCUCAGAGGCCUCUCGGACACCACGGGUUUGCUUCCCCGCGUCCACUCUGGCGGAACCCCUGACGAUUUCUUUGACAAGCUCGAAAAGAAGGCACAUACCUUUCCCACGUGGCACGGCGAGCUUUACUUCGAGCUCCAUCGCGGCGUCUACACCACUCAAGCCCAGACCAAACUCAACAAUAGGAAAGCAGAGAUUCUCCUCAGAGACAUCGAGCUUCUGGCAACCAUCGCAUCCGUUUCAGACGCGUCGUAUAGCUACCCGAAGAAAGACCUAGAUGAGAUGUGGGAGGGCGUGCUCCUCUGUCAGUUCCACGACUGUCUCCCAGGCACCGCUAUCGGGAUGUGCUACGACGACUCUGACAAGGUUUACGCGAACGUGUACCGUAUUGGCAGCAACCUGCUCGAGGGCAUUUACAAAGCACUCAGCAUCAGCAAGAUUAAUAGCAAGAUUUCAAGCACCGAUAAUUUGGCGGCAUUGAAUACGCUAGGAUGGCACCGAAAAGAGGUCAUAGCCACAGAAGACGGCAAGCGCUUGAUUGCAUGUGGCACCGGGAAUGCUAUUUCCAUCGAGGAACCUUCUCUUGCCUCCCAGAAAGCCGUGUCCGUCAAAGAGGUUUCCGACGGCGUGUUUGAGCUACAGAACAGCCGUUUCACCGUGACUGUCGAGAAGGGCUGCAUCACCUCCCUAUACGACCGCCGAGCCAGGCGCCAGGUCCUGUCGGGCAGGGCUAACAAUUUUGUCAUAUUCGACGACAAGCCCAUCUACUGGCAGGCCUGGGACGUCGAGGUCUUCCAUCUGGAGACGCGCGAGGAACUCCAGAGCUCAGCCACGUCCGUCGCCGAGGACACGCCGCUCCGGGUCAGCGUGGUGACGGAGACCAGGAUCAGCGACGUGAGCUCCAUCAAGACAACGAUAAGCCUCUCGGCCGCGUUCGACGACGAUGACGACGCAGGCCAUUCGUACGUGGAAUGCACGGCAGAGGUUGACUGGCACGAGACGAUGAGGUUUCUCAAGGUCGAGUUUCCUGUCGGCGUUCGUCACCACGAAGCCUCCUAUGACACCCAGUUCGGUGUUAUCCGUCGGCCAACACACUACAACACUUCCUGGGAUAUGGCCAAGUUCGAAGUAUGCUGUCACAAAUACGCCGAUCUGUCCGAGUACGGAUAUGGCGUGUCCAUCUUGAACGAUAGCAAAUAUGGGUUUGCUACGGUAGGCAACACAAUGCGCCUGUCGCUCCUUCGGUCCUCCAAAGCCCCCGAUGACAUGGCGGACAUGGGCAAGCACACCAUCAGAUGGGCCAUACUGCCUCAUCAAGGCUCUCUCGGCCCCGAGACUGUGCGGGCAGCGUUCAACUUCAACAACCCCCUCAAGUUGGUCUCGGUUUCCCCCGAAUCUCCGCUCCGUGCCGUCCCCAUCGCUCUGACGGGCGACCAGAACCUGGUUCUGGACACGAUCAAGCGUGGUGAGGACGACGAGGGCGUAAGUCUAGGUGAGCUGCCUACUCGCCCUGGCAAGAGCGUCAUCGUCCGGAUAUAUGAGAGCCUUGGUGGGCGCGGCAGGGGGAGGCUGGAGACCAAGUGGAAACUCAAGAGCGUCCACAAGAGUAAUAUUCUCGAGGAUGACGAAGAGGAAGUUCCUGUUGUCGACAAUGGCUUUGACGUCGACCUUGGUCCGUUCCAGCUACAGAGCUACCGACUCGUGCUCGAUGUUUGA